UAUCCGUUUCUGGCCGGCAGAGACAAAUAGAAUACGCAACUAUCUAGUACUUUAACUCUUGGACGAGUCAUUCACAUUGAACACUAUCAGCUUCACAUUUCGUUGAUCACUUGAUCAUGGCGGAGACAGGCGGCGGAGGAGGAGAGUCAACCAAACUUCAACUCUACUCCUACUGGCGGAGCUCUUGCUCUUGCCGCGUUAGGAUUGCUCUCAAUCUCAAAGGACUGGAUUACGAGUACAAAGCGGUUAACCUGGUCAAAGGCGAACAAUUCAGCCCUGAAUUUUUGAAGCUCAAUCCGAUGGGGUUUGUGCCGGCAUUGGUUGAUGGAGACAUUGUUAUUUCAGACUCUUUUGCUAUUUUGAUGUAUUUGGAAGAAAAGUAUCCACAGAAUCCCUUGUUGCCGAAGGAUCCUAAGUUAAAGGCUAUAAAUUUUCAGGCUGCGAAUAUUGUUUCUGCAAACAUACAGCCUCUACAAAAUCUAGCUAUUCUUAAAUAUAUUGAAGACAAAGUUGGUCCUAAUGAGAAAGUUCCAUGGUGCCAGACUCAUAUAAAAAAAGGCUUUGCUGCAUUGGAGAAGCUACUGAAAAGUUAUGCUGGAAAGUAUGCCACUGGUGAUGAAAUUUAUCUGGCUGAUCUAUUUCUAGUGCCCCAAAUCCAUGGAGCAAUCAACAGAUUCAAUGUGGAUAUGAAUGAAUAUCCCCUUCUAUCUCGUAUAUACGAGGCGUACAAAGAGGUACCUGCUAUUCAAAAUGCUAUGCCGGAGAAACAGCCUGAUGCACCAGCUGAGGCAAGAGCUUGAGGUGAUUUAUCAAUGUAAACGAAACUUGUGUUUAAUGUUGUAAUGGUUUAUGAUUCUGAUGGAAAGUGGUAUCCUGGAUUCCUGGAUUAUCUCGAAUUGAUACUAAAUAAUCCUCAAUAAUGAUGCAUUUCUCUUCUUUUUGAAUUUUA